GAAUGUGACAUCGCUGUGAGGAGCUUGUAUCCUGGCUCGACCUUGAACUCCCAAGAUGGCACUGCAGGCGCUUCGUUGUCGUACCGUCUCUAACAUCAUCGGCAAACAUGCCGGUGCUGCUGCCACACUGGCACGGUCAAGCUCUUGGUGGUCAAAUGUUGAAAUGGGACCCCCAGAUGCGAUUCUUGGAGUUACCGAGGCUUUCAAGCGGGAUACAAACCCCAAGAAGAUGAACCUUGGUGUGGGGGCCUACAGAGACGACAACGGCAAACCCUUCGUGCUGCCUUCAGUUACUAAGGCAGAACAGAAGAUGCUUGCAGCCAACCUGGACAAGGAGUACCUGCCCAUCUCUGGUCUAGCAGACUUCUGUACAGCUUCGGCUCAACUGGCUUUCGGGGAUGACAGCCCAGCCAUUAAAAACAAGCUGAAUGUAACUGCUCAGGGUAUUUCUGGUACUGGUUCACUCCGUAUUGGCGCAGCUUUCUUUGCCAAAUGGUUCGCACCCAGCAAAGUCUUCUACAUCCCAUCUCCAUCUUGGGGGAACCACACUCCGAUUUUCAAACACGCUGGUAUUGAAGUGAAGUCUUAUCGGUACUACGACCCCAGCACAUGCGGUUUCGACUUCAGCGGAGCCUGUGAGGAUAUCUCAAAUGUUCCCGAGGGGUCGGUCAUCGUCCUGCACGCGUGUGCUCACAAUCCCACAGGUGUUGACCCCACCCCUGAGCAAUGGAAGGAGCUGAGUCAGCUGAUUAAGAAGAAGAAGCUGUUCCCGUACUUCGACAUGGCCUACCAGGGCUUCGCUAGCGGUGACACUGUCAAAGACGCAUUUGCUCCUCGAUACUUUCUUCAGGAUGGCCACCAGGUGGCUCUGUCACAGUCCUUUGCUAAAAACAUGGGCUUAUAUGGUGAGCGUGCUGGAGCCUUCACCAUCGUAUGCAAGGACACUGACGAGGCCAGCCGCGUCAUGUCACAGCUGAAGAUCAUCAUCCGGCCCAUGUACUCCAACCCCCCCAUCCACGGUGCCCGCAUCGUGUCCACCAUCCUCAACUCACCCGACCUCAGGAAGGAGUGGUUGGUGGAUGUCAAAGGAAUGGCCGACCGUAUCAUCAGCAUGAGAACGAAGCUGUCAGAUGGUCUGAAGCGGGAAGGGUCAUCCCGCAGUUGGCAGCACAUCACAGACCAGAUCGGCAUGUUCUGCUUCACCGGACUCAAGCCAGACCAGGUUGAGCGAUUAACCAAGGAGUUUUCGGUGUACCUCACCAAGGAUGGUAGGAUCUCCAUGGCCGGCGUGACAUCCGGCAACGUCGACUACCUUGCCCAGGCCAUCCAUCAAGUGACCAAGUAGAUGGAGAGAAGAUGGAAUAAUUGUCUCUGUCUUUCAAGCUGUACAUUGGAGCUUUCCCUCCAACCACACUGUAGUACCAGUACUUUGUGAAUCGGUUGUCAAGGGUAUACAAGGGUUGUCUGGUCAAUUUGUCUUGUAAAUAUGAGAAGUGCUAAAUCAAAUAAGUGACAAAGCCAGGAUGAUGUGUCCAUAUGUUUGUGACUUCUGAUCUCCUUGCUAUCAGAAGUUAGAAUUAUGCUAGGCAGAUUUGAAAUCGUCUACAGAUGUGGAGUUUACCAUACUUUUUUUCCGACAAGAUCUUUCAAAAGUUGAAUGGUCACCUAUAGAUUAUAGUACAAAGUAAGGGUAAUAUAUAUGGACUGACAACAUUUUUAGUACAAUUAGGAACCAUGUUUCGGUGUAGGUUCUAACAUCACUUUCUUUGUAACUGUUAGAACCUACAUCGAAACGUUGUCCUAAUUGUAAUAUAGAACAUGUUCAUCCAUAUAUCUUAUCUUUACCUAUAAAUCAUAUCGGUUUUUCAAAUGCAAAUCGACAGACUUCAUUUAUUCUUUGAAUUGUGGUGUUUCGCAUUUAGAAGAUUGUGCUGUUUCCUGACUUGCAAUGAUAGGUCUUUCUGUGUAACCAAACAGGGUCUAUCUACUCAACAAUUUCAUUAAAAUCGGAUCUUUUAAUUCUCCAUGCAUUAUGAUAUGAGGACUGGUUGUGUGAGGUGAAUCAUGAGUGAACUGUGUCCGCCCGAUCUCAAUGGAGGUGAAGGGGUUCCUGAGCCAAUCAGAUGUCUGCUUUCUUAGAACUAUUUCCAUUACACAUUAUUCAGAAAAUUUGAUCUUAGCAAAGGAAAACCCACACGGAACACAAAUACGCAUUUGAUACUUUAUUUAUCUACAUUUAGAAGUUGUUGUUUUAGUUCGUUUUUAAGAUUCAGAAAUCAGAUAUGCUGGUCUGAAUGCUUUGCUUAUUUGUACUGAGAGUUUAAGGCUUACGCUGAUUGAUUGAUUAGAAAAAUCACCUGAUCCUAUGGAGGUGUCCUCAGAUCUUAACACAGAGAGGUAUCGUAUCACAGUAAAUGAUCUGAUUUUUUUAAAAGAAUGCAACCAAUCCCGGUCUGUCUACAGUACUCAUCAAAUUUUGCUUAAUUACUGUAUUCUGAAUAUCUUGUAUCUAGAUGUACAAGUUUAUCCUUGUUAUGUCAAAGUGCUAGCUUUUUGUCUCGUCAUAAUUUGAUAAAGACCUUGAAUUAUUGUACAUUUGUGUAUUCAGUAAUGGGUCUUUGGUGAUUUUUUUUGUUAACCCUUUUGGGUGUGCUAUUUGUCUGUUUUUGGAUGGUUUUGGUGCAGUACAAUAUGUUAGGGUCACACUAACUUUAUAUAUCUUGUUUUAUAGAUUUUACCAUUAUUAAUACUUCCCUGGUUAGUAUGCACUACGUUCCUCCAUCACUGGUGAAUAACAACGACCAAUAUGCGGCGUAUGCCCCUAUGAAAAUCACAGAAAGUAUGUGAGAAUCAAGUAAUCAACUACCCUGCCUUGACUCUUCCACCACAGCGCUGUCCUGUUCACAGCAGGUGCCUGUCUCAGCCCAUUAGAAUGUAGAUUUCUGUGAUGCAAACGUAGUUCUGCGUUUGAAAUUGGCACUAGUCCUGUAGUCCUGGCCAAGCUGCCCAGUAGUUAAGGUAACUUGUAGAUAUUUGCUAUUUUUAAUGGUUUUGCUAUAUGUUAUUAUUAUGAGGACUUAUGUCUGAAAGGCUGUGGCACAUGUUGCGCUAGAAAUAUUGCCAUGAUGUGUGAGCACUUAAUGGUUUCUGUCGCAGAAAAACAGGCAGUCACUUGAUUCAUUGGUUUAAAAUACACUACACUGAAAAGCGAGCGAUUGUUUUGACGAGUGAUGGAGAAACAUUGGGAUACAAACCUGCAUUGUUGAUUAUGAUGAUAUUUGUUUUCCUGAAAAUUGAAUUAAAAUUUAAAUAUUUAAAGUUAGGUUUGUGAAAACUAUUGGCUCACUUGAAAAGAGAGAAAAUUGUUUUUAUCUUAUGUAGCACAGGAUUGUUUGUUUGUUUGUUUGUUCAAAGGAACAAAGAAACAAACAAGUGAAUGAAUACUCAGAUAGGAAUUUUACUUAGUUCACACACAAUUUAGAUUAUGUGACAAGAUACUUACGUAACGUGUAUCUGUCUCAUUUAGAAGAAUUUAAGAAUAUCGGUUUGGUAGAUUUAAUAUGUUAUCAUUGAAAGUAUUUAUUCUACAGAUUGCUCAGUGAGGCUCGGAAAGAGUUAUUCUGCCCUGUGAAAGUCACUGUUGACAAAUAGCCAGUAUACCAUGAUGUUGAUCAUUGACAAAUAAAAUGAGGAAUAUUUGUAAA